ACCCACACAGCCGCACGAGUAUGCGGAGAGAGGCUCCACACACACGCUGUGAACAGUGCGGGCGGCAUUAUCAAAAUGCGCCGAGUAACCGAGCAGGAACUCAAACCGAGAGACGUGGCGGAAAGCCACUGCAUCCGCCGUGUGGUGGUACGGCAGCCGCCCGCCCUGACCACAGAGCCCGCAGGACACGACGCGGACGAGCCGCCCGCGCGUGCUGCCUCGGCCGCAGGCGCUGCUGUUGUGGGUGCGGCGGCGGCGGCCGCAUCUAAUGGCCGCCACACUCACGGCGCCGCUGCGGCACGUGCAGCCGGCAGCAGGCCGGCUGCGGCGGCGGCGGCAGUGGCAGCGGCACGCACCCCCGUGUACGGCACCGUCACCACCCUGCCCGGCACCGCACCGCCCCGGGACCGCUGGUUUGCACUCGCCUACGACCCCGCCGCCCCCGCCGCCCCGCCCAUGCCUGGCGGCGCCGCCGCUGCACCUGCACGCUGGUACGGCGACGGCAGCGGUUACAGUUACGGUUACGGUUACGGUUACGGUUACGGCUGCCUGCUGGCGGCAACUGACACAGCAGUGUACCGGGUGGCUGUCGGUGAUGAUGACGCCAGCAACGACCUAGCGGCGGCGGCGGCGGCAGCGGCGGCGGCAGGUGACGGUGAUGGCGGCGGCGGCGGCGGCGGCGGACACGGAGGAGCAGUGGGUGGUGGAGCGGGCAGUGCCGCCGCCGCGGCUCUGGCAGGCAUGCGGGCGGUGGCGGCCGCCGCCGCCGCCGCCGCGGCAGGGCGGCCCCAGCCCCAGCCGCCGCAGGCGUUACCGGGUCGUGGCGAGCGCGGCGACCUUCGCGUGGAGGUUGCCAAUCGCGCAAACGCCCCCGCUGGCGCUGCAAACGCAAAUGCAAAUAACGCCGCUGGCGGCGGCGGCGGCGCUGGCGCUGGCGGUGGUGCUGCCGGCGGCAGCGGCGGCGGUGGCGGCGGCGAGCAGUCGGCGUUGCAGUUGCUUGCGGGUGACCCAAACUACCGCGGCCGCCAGGACGGCGUCGGACCCGUGGCCCGAUUCUACGCAAUCAGUGCGCUGCUGGCGGCGCCGCCGGCGGCUGGCAGUAGCGGCCGCGGCGCCGCCGCCGGCACUUCAAUCUUCAACAAUCCGCUGUUUCCGUACUGCAGCCACUGUGGCGGCAGCGGUGGCGCUGGUGGCGGCGGCGGCGGCUGGGCUAGCGGCGGCUGCGGCUUCCUUGUUGGGGGUGGCGGCGGCGCCGCAGACAUCCUAUCACUGAUACGCAGUGGCGGCGGCGCCGCCUCCGUCGCCGCCGCCGCCUUCGGCGCUGACGGCGCCGCCGCUGGUGCAGCCGGUGGUGGUGGCGGCGGCGGGGGUGUGCUUGUGGUGGACUCGGCCGCGCUACGUGAGGUGGACGAGCGAGGCGGUGUGGUCACGCUGCUGAGCGAGCUGGGGGAUGCGGUGCCGGAUGAGGCCAGCUGCAUGGCGGUGCUGCCGCAAGGCUGUGUGGCUGUGUGCGGCUCGCAGUAUCUGCCCAUCAAACUGGUCAUCCUGGGAGGAGGCUUCGCGCCCGCCGGCGGCCUGCCACUCAUGCCUGCUACUGCCGCCCAUGCGGCUGCUACAGCCGCGUCGGCUGCUACAGCCGACGCUGUGCUUGGACCCUUCGGCAUCGGCCGCGGGCCGUGGGAUGCUGCUACUGCCAGGCGACUGCGAGCUACUGCCGCCUCCGGCGGCGGCGCUGCUGCUGCCGGAGGUGGCGGCGGCGGUGGCCUGGUGGGCUCCACGCGCUGGGCGCAGUUGCUGGGGGCCCCUGAGGGCGCGGGGAGCGCGUGGAGCGAGGCGGCAGGCGGCGGCGAGGAUGUGGACUAUGAUGUCAAGCACGCAGCUGGUAGUGGCAGCGGAGGAGGUGGCGGUGGCAGUGUCGGUUCCGGUGGCGGAGGUGGUGGCGGUGGCGGAGCUGCUAGUGGCAGCGCUUCCGGAGGCGGUGGCGGCGCCGCUUCGUCAGUCGGCCGCGUUGCUAAUCAGUCUUGGGACGAGGAGAUGGUCCUGAUUGACGAGGAGGAGCAGCCGGUGGAGGAGGAGGAAUGGGAGUCGGACUCCGGGUCCGAGGAGCCGACUGGUGGCGAGGCUAUGGCCGCCGCAGUAGUCACCGCCGGCCCGGCACCGCCGCCCUCAGCUGCGGCUCUGAUCUCAGCGACAGUGGUGGCGGUGCGCGUUGGCGGCGUGGAGGGCGCGGAGGGAGGUGCCGCGGUGGCGCCGGGGCGAGUGUUUGUGGCACACCGGGCGGUGCUGUGCGCCCACAGUGACUACUUCCGCCAGCUGCUGACGGGGGGCUUCGCGGAGACCGCACAGCCGCCAGCCACACCCCACGGCGACUCCAGGACGGCGCGCCUCCGUGGCUGCGCCGGCGACGACAUCGGCGCCUUCACCAAACGCGCACCGGCCCCUGCAGCCGCCGCCGCUACUGGCCACGCGCCGCCGCUGCUGCCGCCGCUGCUGCGGCUGCCGGAGGCUGACGCGGACGCCUUUGCGGCGCUGCUGGGGUUCAUGUACAGCGGGCGACUGGAGGUGGCGCCGCACCUGCUGCGGUCCGCGGCGGAGCUGGCGGGCCGGCUGCUACUGCCGGCCGCCUGCAGCCUGGAGCUGCAGCGGCGGCUGCUACUGCUGGCCACGCCCGCUACAGCCGCCGCCGACCUGCUGUGGUCGGAGCGGCACUCGCUGGGGGCGCUCACGGAGGGACUCAAGCUGUACAUCGUACGGCACCGGCGCCAGGUGGCGGCGGCGGCGGCGGUUACGGACGGCGCGGCGGCGGCGCUGGCGGCGCUGGCGGCUGGUGCGCCGGAGCUGACGGCUGAGGUGAUGCUCGCGCUGAUGCGGGCCACGUCACACUAGCCGUAUCAAUUAUUUGCGAUGGCUUGGUGGAGGAGCGAGAAGAGGCGGCUGAUGAUGUGAUGAGGGUCUGAAGGAGCGAGGGAGGUUUAUCUCCAGGGGCCGUCCAUCCGGCAGUCAGGGGUUCGGCAGUACGAGUAUGAGUAUGAGGGUCUGAAUAAGGAGCGAGGGAGGCUUAUCUCCAGGGGCCGUCCAUCCAGUCGUUCAACUCAUCUUCCUGAUGAUC